AUGUUCAUGAAUAAAUGGAAGUGUGGCCUGGACGAUGUACAAAUAGACUACAGCAAGGAAGCCCUGCCAAACGACGCCACCCUCAAAUCGCUGGAAAUUAAGGCGCUGACGUUGCCGUACCCGGUGUUUGAGACGCAUCGAUUUGAAAGUCAGAAGAAGGUGAUCACGAUUGAGACGCUGCCUGAUCACAUCACUGUCAAGAUGCAAAUAAAGAACGGAAAGAAGCCGAUUCACAUUCAGAUUCUCGGCAAGGCGACGAUCCUCGAUAUGAAGCAGAUGGUCGUUGACGACUUGGCUACGGAGGGAAAACCGCCCAUGCUCGAAAAAGAAACGAUUAUAUUGAUGUCUUUGAAUAGUUUAUAUAUUUUCUGUUAA